GUGGCUUUAAAAUUUACCCACUCGAAACUUGGGAGUGCUGUAUUGAUCCGAGAUCAUGCCCUCAGUAACGCGAUUCUUCCGUUUUCGUGCAAAAUUCUCGCCACGGCGGCUAAGAAAUGCAGAUUUCAUCACCGCAUGAGAAAUUUGUUAACGGCGUGCGAUCACACUGAAAUUUUCAUGGUUUGCGAAGCGAUAAGUCUCCUGCUACAACACACUGCCUGCUUUGCUGCAGGAAUUGAUAGAAUAAUACUGCUUUCUAGGAUUGAAACGUGUCAAAGUUUUUCUACCUUCCGAGACAAAUUCUAAAUUUUUUUCCGAAAGGAGAACUCUAAACUAAACGGACACUAUUUACGAUCAAGUUUUAGAGUACACGAUUAAAUGAUAAUUUAAUUACAACACAUUGGAUGCUUGGGUUCCAGAAAAAUUUUUGGAGUGUAUAUUGUUUUGGUGUUCUUCGAGAUUUAAAAGUCAACAAUUUGCUACCUCCUUGGAUAAUGGUUUUUCUAUUCUUCCGAGAGAGAAUUUUGCAUUAAAAGAACACAUAGACAGAACUAGCUCAGCCAGUUUGAUAGUUCAUGAAGUAGUAAGAUGAUAAUUUAAUGUCUGAAAUUUUACGGUGAAAUAUGAUGGAGAGCUGCGACGAAGAUCUUGAAUUAAUUGAUCCGUUUGACAGUGAUACUAACUCUUCCAUUUCUGAUGAAAGUUGGACUUCCAGGACACGGAAUGAGAGACUGGAUACAAAAUUACGAACCUCAGUAAUUAAAGCAAUAAAUGAGAGGAAUUUGGUGGAAAUAAUACAAAUCAUCAGUUUUUAUACUGAAAUAUCAAUGGAAACGUUCUGCUCAUGGAUCCACCAUGCCAUUGUUACGAAACAAAGCGACAUUGCAAAAAUGAUUUUAAGGUGUCGAAGAGCCGAAGAAAAUCCCAACCAAACUGAUUUCUUAGAAAAUGGAGAGACAGAAGAAAUAAUUAUGAGUAACAAAGAAUAUUUGGCGCAUGAUAAAGACUUGCUGGCUUUCGCGGUUGCUAGAGGCGAGAAUAAGGUGGUCAGGUUAAUCCUGAGUGAGGGAGCAGACGUUAAUUCAAAAGUUCUAGGACCGUUUACAGCUUUACACAUAGCAAUAUACAGACAGCAUGUUCAGAUAGUUAACCAAAUUCUAAUUUAUGGCGCAGAUGUUAAUUCUAGAUAUCCCCUCGACAUUGACUUCUAUGAAGGGAGUACAGUUUUGCACCGAGCUGUGGAAUGUGGAAACAGGGCUAUCGUAGAAGUGCUAAUCAACUAUGGUGCUGACAUGAAUGCGGCAAAAAGCAAUGGCUUGACAGCACUGCACAUUGCAAUAGAGAAAGGCCUCUUCGAAAUUGCUGAGUAUCUCAUUCAAGAAGGUGCGGAUGUUAAUCCGACUGUCAAUUUGAAUAAAAGUGAAAAUGAAAACACCAAAAGAAGAGUGAAAAGUGAGCAGAGACUCCUCUAUGAUUAUCGCAUUGAGAGUUUUGACUUACGGACAGAUGAAGAAUUCAUGGGUCCUUUGGUUAUGAAACGGACCACACCCUUUUCUGCAGUCCAAAAUACACUGAAAACUUCACCACCUCUUCACGCUGCUAUUAAAAGCCGACAUACAGAGUUGGUGAAACUGCUUUUAGAAAAAGGAGCUGAUGUAAAUGCCUUAAGUUGGAGGGGUGAAACAGUUUUGGAGCUGGCUGUUCAAACGAGGUGUCCAGAUAUUGUAGUUCAUGUCCUCGACUAUCGCCCUGAUGUAAAUAAUGAGAGAAAUAGGACUAUUCUGCAUACUGUUAUCAAUUUCAUAGGAACAGAGAAAGAUUCGAUCAUUCUUACCAAACUACUGCAGCAUGGGUUUUCUUUUAAUACUGAUGACCCCGAUUUGUUGUUUAAGGCUGUUCGUGGGAAUUUUUUCAGACUUGCCAAGCUGUUGCUGGAAAAUGGUUCUGACCCUAAUGAUGCUUAUUACUAUGAUGAUGAUAUAGGCACACAGGAAUUAAAUGGAUUUUUUCUUUAUCCCUUGCACAUUGCUGUUGCUAGAAGAAACGCAACAAUGGUCAAAUUAUUAUUAGACUUCAACGCAGACCCUGACGUACAGGAUCAAGAUGGGAACUCUCCUUUGUUGUUCGCAGUUCUUCUUUCGGAAUCAGCUAUUGCAAAAACACUUUCCGAAGAAAGCACCGUACUUAUAGACGAAGACCUUGUUACACUUUUUGCAGCAGCAAACUGUGACACUGAGGUGGUGGAAAGUCUCUACUCACGAAAGGAGUUCAUACAAAUUCACCGAAGGUGUGUAGAAAGAGAGCUAGAUCUUAAGUAUUUAUUGGCUUUUCAGGAUAUGAAGUUGACAGAGAAGACUGAAUCUUGCCAAGAAAAUUUCAGAUGCUUCCGAGAUUUUCUUCCCACAUCUUUUGAUGCGCCAAUUUCCUCAGUGAAUCCUCUUUCAAUUGCAGCUCGAGCAGGCCGUACCAAAACUGUCAAAUUCCUAUUAGAUAAAGGAGUUUAUGAAUCUUCCGCAGAUGCACAAGGUAUCACAGCAUUGCAUGAGGCUGCGACAGCAGGGCAUUUAGAGGUGGUACAAAUUUUUGUAGAAAAAUUAGUAGACCAUGGUCUAAAUUUCUGGUCAGAAUACGGCUCUCCCUUGUAUAUUGCAGCUAAAGCUAAACAAUGGGAGGUGGUGGAGGUUCUAUUGAAAAAUGGAGCAAGAUUUGGAGAUCAGGAGAAGGAGGCAAGACUUUUUCAGAGACAGGUAAAUCCUGAGAGAAAUUUUAAAUUGCUUCUGGAAGACAGUACGGAAUGGGAUGCUGAUUCACAACCUGUUACAUUUAUAAAAACUUUAAUAGAGCAAGGGAAGCAAGAACUCAUCAUAGCUCUCAUGAGUACUGAAGCGAAAACGACUCUAGAAGUACAAAGAUUAUCGAUACUUCACUAUGCUACAAAAAAUAACGCAGAGAAACUGGUAAACUACCUCUUAAAGUACGACUCAGCAAAAUUCCACAGUGACAAUUAUAAUAUUCUCUUCCUAAUAAGUGCCAAGAGAGGAUACUUGGAGAUUUUGGAAAUGUUAUUAGAGGCAGGGACAGAAGUUAAUUCCACUGUGAGCCAGGGAAAAACAGCCCUCCACUAUGCAGCAUUACGAGGUGACUUAAAAAUGAUUCAAGUUUUGCUGGAAUACAAGGCGGAUAUUGAUAGUCAGACUAAUAUUGGAGAGACUCCGCUUACUAUUUCUGCAUCUCGAGGUUACAAGAGUACUGUUGAAACGUUACUAAUAGCAGGAGCAAUCAUUAACUUGCCCGAUAAAAGAGGAAGAUCGCCUGUUUACAAUGCAAGUAAAAAUGGCCAUGUUGAAACUGUUGAGUUACUGAUGAAGUGGGGGUCACAAUUGGAUUUAAAAACUUGCAAAGGACAGACAGCUCUCUCUAUUUCUGCCCGGAAAAACUAUCUGACCAUUGUUGAAAACUUACUAGGAUCCCGGUCAGAUGUCAACUCGGUUGACUUGAAAGGGAAAACACCCUUGUAUGAAGCUGCCCAAAGGGGGCACACUCAAGUUGUUCAGCGACUGUUAGAACAUGGAGCAGCAACUGAUGUGAGGAAUCAAAAUGAUUUUACGCCUUUAAUGGCAGCAACUGAGAAAGGGCAUCUAAGUACAGUUGAAAGUCUGUUAAAGUUUGGAGCGAAGUUGAAUACUACAGACAAAUAUGGACAAUCACCUCUUCAUGUUGCUAUUACAGCGUGUCACUGUGAGAUUGUCAAACUUCUCUUGAAGUACGGAACAGAGCAUGACAUUGAUUUAGGAUUUCAAACGCCACUUUUAUGUGCAGUUGAAGAAGAUUACUUGCACAUUGCAGAUGUACUAAUAGAGGCAGGCGCAAAUGUUAAUGCAAAGACACCUUCAAGAGGCGAAACACCAAUUCAUUUGGCUACACGUAAAUUUCAGCGCAGUUCUUACUGGAUCGAAUUUUUGCUAAAAUAUGGUGCUGACAUAAACGCACAGAAUGGGGAGGGACGAACGCCACUCAGUAUUUCUACUCACCAAUCUUAUUCCGUAACUGCUUCUUUCACUCUCUUGAAGUUUGGUGCAGAUACUGAAAAGAGAGAUAAACACAAGAAAACUCCUAUUUGGUAUGCAGCUUCUGAAGAUACAAAGAAAUUAGAGCUCUUGAUAGAAUAAGGUGCUGAUGUGAACUCUUACGCAGAUAGGUUCUGCUUAUCAACACCCCUAGUCAAAGCUGUACGCAUACGUGAAAUUAGGAAUGUUGAGGCUUUGCUUGAGGCUGGCGCUGAUCCUAACCUCCUGGACACCUUUGGCAAAAACCCGGUUCUACAGAUGGCUUUCAUACAGGCACGCCUCGAUCAAAGGAACGACAUAAUGAAACUACUGUUGCAGUAUGGUGCUAAUGUAGAUUCUACACACUCAAUAAAUCACAUACAAAGGGACAUUAUGCUUAGUAGGCCUUCUCAACCUCCAUCAUAUGUCAAAACGAUCAUAUUUCAUUGUAUCAAAAUGCUAGUUGCAAAACUGCAACCUUCUGCAAAAGUUUUGGAAGAGCCACUCAUCAGAGCGGAGAUACCCACGCAAAAUUUUCGAGAGGCAUGCGAAAUUGAAAUUUGCAAAAUGGAAAGCAGCAAAAUUGGUGAAACUGAUAUGACUUUUUAUGAUCUUUUGAAGAAAGAUUUGAGUCAGCUGGUUUUUUUUGCAAAAAAUGUAGAGGCUUCUCAGUUUCUGGGGACAAUAAACCUGAGAACUGAAUUCCCUAUCUAUGCAGAUAUCAUAGAAGUUCAACUCAGCCGAGGGAGGAUUCGAAAAGAUUUGCUACAGCGGGGAGCAGUGGCACUUACAUUCCUUGUCCAACAUUUUGACAGCUCACUGGAUGAUGUGAUGGAAAAGAUUUUAGUUUACUUGAAUGAUAGAGAAUUGAGAAGGUUAGAUGCUGCUUCUAAAAUUAAAUCCGUUUUGUAACUACUUAACUUAAUUUAAGAAAAAUUAUUUUAUUUGAGAGGUCAAAUCAAAAUGAGGGGUUGGAAAUAUAAGAAAAUGUGAAAAAAGGACAAGGCAGUGCAUGCAAACUAUUCACUGUCAGUUACAUUACACAACCACCAUGGGAGCCUAAGAGCAUUUGGAUUUUAAUAAAAGAGUAAAGUUUUUUCCAUAGGCGUUCUUCAGAAUAGCGAAAAAACUUGGGACACCCCCAUUCUACUAUUCAACACCAAGUGUCUUUAGAUUCGUACAAAUUAAAAGAACAGCAACUAUUAGGUUAAUCAUUUUAAAUUCAAAUGUAUCAUUUUUAUUUUUGAAAAUAAGUCCAACAUCUUGCAAUCAUUUUUUCCCCUCUGUGUUACAAAAAUGUUGCUACGCCUGUUAAAAGGAGUCUGUUACAAACAUUUUGGCACAAAAAUGUACUGAUGGUGUAUUAUACAGAAGAUUGCAGUUCAAAAUUCAUUUGCAGUCUAAUCUGCCAUGUUCAAAGCUCAACAAUAUCUGAUUGAAAAAGCUAGACCUCAGCACUUCACUCGUACAAAAAUGAACUACACUGUCAUUAUUUGUUCUUUGAGGCUACUAAGGAGUAUCUUAUGCAAACAAAUGUUAAUUUCUGUUGUUUCAAAUCAAAUGAAAGAAAAUAGUUUUUAUUUUUUAUUAUAAAAAGGAUUCAUGUUUAUACCUUGUAAUGAAUUGAGCAGAAAUAAUGGAUGUUACACUAUGUUUUCCAUAAUUUAAAUUUAAGAUUUUGCAGGAAUAUCAACACCAAAUUGUAUCCACCGAAGUAUGGCGCGAUGUAAAUGAAUAAAAAUAAACUGCCACCACCAA